AGACCGUCACUAGAGUUUGGUCGCAUCCUCUAUGGCACGCUCGUCGCCAUAAUAAUUCGUAAAUAGUAUUAUAAUGCAAUAUAUUAUCAUAACGUUAUGUUAUUCCGUUGCCAGCGGGCAGUGCUCUGUGCUGUAAGCUGUUGUUAUACACGCCGCAGUUCCGUAUUGUAUCAUAGCGGUUUGUCCCGACGUCUUGUUAUUUAAUUUAAUUAUUUUUUUUCGCCUUUUCUUUCGCCUUUGUCGUCUUUGAAUAUACUAUUAUUAUUGUACACCGUCGCGUAUAGGUAUUAAUAGUACCUACUGCACAACGAUAUUUUUGCGGUCUAUAUCGUACGCCGUUUUUUUUUUCGUCUCAAUCGGUAACGACUUCUUCGUCGGAAUCAUAGCCGUUGACGUCUCACUACAUCGAUAGUCGAAUAUAAUAAUAUCAAUAAUAUAAUCACAUCGAUCCACACCGUACGUAGUGUCGCGUUGUCCUGCAGAUACUUACAGCAUCAAUAUGACACCUAUCAUCAAACUGAAAAAUAAAAUUAAUUUAAAUGGAUCUACGUUAAAUGCAAACAUGAUUUAUUACAAUAAUGAUCUUCGUGGACAAGAAAAAAUACUAACAGCAUCUAGAAAACCUGUACAAGACUGCUCAAAUGUUGACGAUGAAAUAUUAAUUAAUAUUAGUAACGUAGCUGCUAGUUUCAAUUUGAAAUCGCAUUUAAAUCUCCGAUAUUUAGCACUGAAUGGUCAUAAUGUGGAGUAUAGACGUGAAAAAGCGAAACUUAUAAUGAAGUUACGUAAGCCAAGUGCUACAGCAAAUAUAUGGUCAAGUGGUAAAAUAGUUUGCAUAGGUUCAACAUCUGAAUAUGAUUCAAAAAUAGCUUCAAAACGUAUUGCUAGAAUUAUUCAAAAACUGGGAUAUAGUGAUGCAAAAUUUAGUAGUUUCAAAAUUAUCAAUGUUCUCGGCUCAUGUAGUUUACCGUUUUCGAUCAGAGUUAUACAGUUUUCCGAAAAAUAUAAAUUAAAUUCUCAGUAUGAACCUGAGUUACAUCCCGGCGUGACGUACAGAAUUAAAGAACUCAAAGCUACAUUAAAAAUAUAUUCGACUGGUAGCAUUACUGUAAAUGCUCCGAGUGAAGCAAUAGUCCAACUUGCCAUUGAACAUAUAUAUCCAUUAAUAUUACCAUUUAAGUUAACCAACUUAUUGGACGAUAAAUGUCAUGUAAGAGUGAUUGGCGGAUCAAAAUCUCAUGAACAAAAUAACGGAAAAUUGGAACAUACUGGACAUAUUUUUCCCAUUCAUCAUCGUCCCGUAGGAGAAUUAGUGAUUAAACGUUGGCAAUUGAAUACUUUGGUACCUAUAUUAGAAAAAAAAAAUGGUAUAAAUGACACUUCGUAAACACUUACAGCUUUUCUUUUGCUGUCAUAAUGUAUGUAGCAUUUCGACCUUAAGUUUUGUUUCUUAAUUGAUUUACAAUUUAA